AAUAUUAUCUGCAAAGUGCAAAUCAAUAAAACAUUUAAUUGUUGUUACUGAAUAAGUGAUUUUUGGCGAUAAUGUUACAAUUUUAAAGGUAAAUGCAUUGUUUUUAUCUUUUCAUUAAGAAAACACGGAAACGUAGCAGUGAACAGCAGUAAAAAAUCCCAUUUGGACGUGGAAGGACCCAAUGAAAACAACAUCACAAAUUUAUGCCAAACAAAAUUCAGUUGUUUAAAAAAAUUCUUCGAGUCACAAAACUUUUAAAUCCCUACCUGCCGCAGAAAACAAAAUUUCCACAGCAAAUGGAAGUUGGCAUUAACAACGGGACACAAUUCCCAAUACAAAAAUUGGAUUUGAAACAAUACAACAACAGCUGUGAUGAGAUAUCGGAAAAGGUGCACGACAAAGUCAAUAACCUAGUGGAGUUACUCCAUGAAGUAUUUCAAUUGUAUAAACCCAAUGAGGUGAUGCUCUCCUUCAAUGGUGGCAAAGAUUGCACAGUGGUCCUACAUCUGCUGCACAAUUUCUAUCAAGCCAAUCCCUGUCUGCAACACAUACGCAUACCCACACUAUAUAUUACCGAUCCGGAUGCCUUUGAAGAAGUCGAUGAAUUUGUGGAGGAAUGUGAAAAACUAUUUAGCAUAGAUGUGAUAAGAAAACCAGGACCAAUUAAAAAGGCCCUGGAAGAGAUAUGCAUAGAAAGGCCCCACAUCAAAGCAGUAUUUAUGGGUUGCCGGAGAACCGAUCCAUAUUGUGAAAACCUAAAAACCAUGCAGCCCACAGAUGCCGGUUGGCCGCCACUGAUGCGCAUAAAUCCCAUUUUGGAUUGGCGAUGUCGUGAUGUCUGGCAGUAUUUGUAUCUGUACAAGGUGCCCUAUUGUAAUCUAUAUCAAAAAGGCUACACCUCGAUAGGCAAUAAGAAGAACACAGUACCCAAUCCAUAUUUACGUGUUGUCGACGAAACAACUGGGGCAAUUGUGAGUUAUCGGCCGGGCCAUGAACUUAUCGAUAAUGAUGAUUUAGAACGCGCUGGCCGCUUUAAGCCACCCAAGGAGAAUACAAAUGUCAAUUCUGCCGCAAAAUAGUAUUUCCUCUCUAAAAAGAAAAAAAAGUAGAAAAAUACUUCGUUAUAAACGAAUUUAAAAAAACAACAAAACUACUUGUAAUUUUUACUUAAAUUAUAAAUUGUACAAAUUUA